AUGGUUCGUGUAGGGGACCAUAAAUUCAGCGCUCACCGGAUCGUGCUGGCGGCUUCCAUCCCGUACUUCCACGCCAUGUUCACCAACGACAUGAUGGAGUGCAAGCAGGAUGAGAUCGUCAUGCAGGGGAUGGAUCCCAGUGCACUUGAGGCUCUGAUCAACUUUGCCUACAACGGUCACCUGGCCAUCGAUCAGCAGAACGUCCAGUCUCUGCUGAUGGGGGCAAGUUUCCUUCAGCUGCAGAACAUCAAAGACGCUUGCUGCACUUUCCUCAGAGAGAGGCUUCACCCGAAAAACUGCCUGGGGGUGCGGCAGUUUGCGGAGACGAUGAUGUGCGCGGUGCUCUACGACGCGGCCAACAGCUUCAUUCAUCAGCACUUCGUGGAGGUGUCCAUGUCCGAAGAGUUCCUGGCGCUGCCGUUCGAAGACGUCCUGGAGCUCGUUUCUAGGGAUGAGCUCAACGUGAAGUCUGAAGAGCAGGUGUUUGAAGCUGCGUUAGCCUGGAUACGAUACGACCGAGACCAGAGAGAGUCGUUCCUACCCGAGCUCCUGUCCAAAAUCCGCCUUCCUCUUUGUCGGCCUCAGUUUCUCACUGACCGCGUGCAACAAGAUGACCUGGUCCGCUGCUGCCACAAAUGCAGGGAUCUAGUUGACGAGGCAAAAGAUUAUCACCUCAUGCCAGAGCGCCGGCCGCACCUCCCGGCGUUCAAGACCCGUCCUCGGUGCUGUACGUCGAUCGCGGGGUUGAUUUACGCCGUUGGAGGACUCAACUCGGCAGGUGACUCGCUGAACGUGGUGGAAGUCUUCGAUCCCAUUGCCAACCGCUGGGAGAAGUGCCAGCCGAUGACGACGGCCCGGAGCCGAGUCGGGGGGGCGGGGGUGAACGGGCUGCUCGUCGGCGGCUACGACGGUCAGCUGAGGCUGAGCACUGUGGAGGUUUACAACCCGGAGAUGGAUUCCUGGUCCAAAGUGGAAAGCAUGAACAGCAAGAGAAGUGCCAUGGGAACGGUGGUGCUGGACGGCCAGAUCUACGUCUGUGGUGGAUACGAUGGAAACUCAUCCCUCAACUCCGUGGAGUCCUAUUCUCCAGAAACAAACAAGUGGACGGUGGUGACCCCCAUGAGCUCCAACCGCAGCGCCGCCGGAGUCACCGUCUUCGAGGGCCGGAUCUACGUGUCGGGAGGGCACGACGGGCUGCAGAUCUUCAACAGCGUGAGUCCGUGGACGGUGGUGACCCCCAUGAGCUCCAACCGCAGCGCCGCCGGAGUCACCGUCUUCGAGGGCCGGAUCUACGUGUCGGGAGGGCACGACGGGCUGCAGAUCUUCAACAGCGAAAACGCCGGCGACCCCGACGCCUUCCCCCGCCGCGCCGCGGGCCCGGUGUUUAUCCUGGAGGAGAAGCUGGACAAGUUGGUUGGCGAUGGCCACCGCGGUCCCACCGGUGUUGGCGAUGGGCGCCGUGGUCCCAUCGGUGUUGGCGAUGGGCGCCGUGGUCCCACCGGCGUCAGCAAUGGGUGCUGUGGACCCAGCGGG